CUCCUGAGCUCCUAACCCUAAAACUCCGCCCCAAAAGCCCCGAGAAUGUAGCUCUCUCCCGAGCUAUAUUCUUGAUCCGUGGGUAUGGAACUCAAGAAAUCAGUACCAUUGACAUCGCAAUGGAGCUCAUCCACGAAACUGGGCAUCUAUCUCUCGAAGUGAUAGAGAUCGUGUUGGAUUGGAUUCGGACCUUGCUCGACCUUAUAGACAAUUAUCACAAGGUACUCCAUUGCACGGCCGAGGCGAUUGUGUCCUACACGCGGGCUCUCUUACAGUUCCAUUCCAGCAAAACGAUCGAAUCGCGUGCUCGAAUCAUAAUCUUUUUUUCCGGGCAAACAGUCAUUGUCCGCUCCAGCUAUGUAAAGCCAUUUCGAAGUUCUUGUCUCUCUUUUCCUCUGGCAGGCUACACGAUAAAUCGACUUGAUCAGUCGCUGGAUCUCAAUUAUAGAGGUGAGAACUUCCUCAUCUUCUCUUAUUCCAUUCCAAACGCACGGACGUUUUCCCGUUUUUUCUGGCAGAAAUAGAUUACAGGGAUUCAUCGCCUCUCCUA